AACCUUAUUUUUUGCCUGGAUGAUGUUACUUGCCUUUGUAAGUCAAUUUUUUCGUGUGUUUUUCAGCUGGCCAGUAUGAACAGCACCAAGAACUUCAAGUGCUCCUACUGCAAGAAGGUGCUGAGUUCCAAACGUAACCUUCAGCAACAUGAGCGUAUGCAUACAGCUGGCCAGUAUGAACAGCACCAAGAACUUCAAGUGCUCCUACUGCAAGAAGGUGCUGAGUUCCAAACGUAACCUUCAGCAACAUGAGCGUAUGCAUACAGGUGAAAAGCCUUACCAAUGUUCAUUCUGUGAUAAAAGCUUCUCCGUGAAGAGCAACCUUGGAAUACACAUUAAAUCACAUACAGGUGAAGCAAAGACUCAUGAGUGUGUGCUGUGUGGUAAGAAAUUAUAUUCUGUACAAUCACUCAGAAAACAUGAAAUGAUGCACAAAAAUGAAAGGCCAUUACAAUGUGCAGUUUGUGAGAAAAGAUUCAUUGACAGGAGUAAUCUCAUUUCCCAUAUUCAGACACAUACAUCUGAAAGAACAUUUGAAUGUUCACAGUGUGAAAAAAAAUUCUUCACAGAUAGAGUUUUGAAGCAUCAUGAAGCAUUGCAUGCAGCUACAAAGAAUUUCCAGUGUUCACAGUGUGAAAGAAAAUUUGUUACCAAAAGUAGGCUAGCCGAGCACAAGAAAAUUCAUACAAAUAAAAUAAAAUUUGCUUGUGCACACUGUGACAAAACAUUUCUAUUUAAGCGCAACUUAAGUGUGCAUAUAAAGACACACAUGGGAGACAAACAGUUCAAAUGUUCAUACUGUGAUAAAAAUUUUGUAAGGAAGGCUGAUAUGGAAAGGCACAUAGUUAUCCAUACAGGCGAGACACCAUUUAGCUGUCAGUACUGCAAUAAGAAGUUCAAUAACAGAUCAAACUGUAAACAGCAUGAGAAACUUCACACCAGGGAGAAACCCUAUGGAUGUUCAAUGUGCAGCAUGAACUUUGCCUUGAAAAAUGAAUUAUACAAACAUGAAGAAUCUCAUAUAGGAAAAGGAAAGUCAGACCUGGGAGAGGACUUUACCAGUCUAUCAACAUCAAGAAAACAUGAGAUGUCAAAUGAGAGGGAAAAGAGUGUCAUGCCCUCCCACCAGAUAUCAGGAUUUCACAUCAAGAAUAGUAACCUUGGUGCACAGGAUAAAAAUCUUACUGUAACAGAUGAUGAUCUUGGUGCACAAAAUGAAUAUGGUUCACAGGACAGUAAUCAUGGUGUAGAAGAUAGCAAUCUUGGUGUUCAAGGUACCUGCCUUAACACACAGGGAGAUAGCCAAAGUGUACAAGAUAAUGACCUUUGUGUGCAGGAAAAUAACUGUGUUGUACAAGUUAACAUAUGGAAUAAUAACUCAUCUGAAGUACGGUUUGGAUGUUCACAGUGUGAGAAAAACUUUAAGUCCAAAGCAAGUUUAAGGAGACAUGAAAAAGGAAAACAUAUGAGCAAGAAGCCUUUGCACUGUACACAAUGUGAGAUGAAAUUUAUGACUGUGCUGGAUUUACAGCAGCAUGAGAAGAAGCACAACAGCAAGCAGGAUUUUGUAUGUCAGUAUUGUGGUGAGAAAUUCCUUCAGAAAAAAUACCUUACACAGCAUCUAAACAAAAAUGAUAGUGAUAAGGAUUUCAGGUGUUCUUAUUGCAUUAAAAUUUUUGAAGCUGCAUGCAUCCUCAGAAAUCAUGUAAAAAUUGACCAUGGUGUAAAUCCAUUGAAGUGUCCCCUCUGUGAUAAGGAGUUUCGUAGGGAAUCUCAGCUGAAUAAUCAUGUUGCAAGUCAUUUAGGUAAGGGAGAGCAAGAACCAAAGGUAAAAUCCCCAAUUUCUUGUUCUUUAUCAGAAGAAGGCCAGAAGGAUGCCAGGAGUGAAUAUGUAGCUGAGAAAUCAUCAUCAAAAGCAUUACUAAAGGAGGAGAGGCCUUCCCAACAGAUACAAAAUGGAUCUCCCACAAAGGAUGCUUGUUCUUCUACUCUCAGUGCAAAGAUACACCCAGAUAAUAAACAAUUUGGAUGUUCAUAUUGUGAUAGAAGAUUUACACUUGAAAGAAGUUUAAAAGCUCAUGAGGAAAGAAUGCAUUCUAGCAUUGAGACAUAUCAUUGUUCUCAAUGUGAUAAGAAAUUCAAUGUAAGGAGUAACUUUUUUAAGCAUAAAAAGAGCCAUAGUAGACCGUACCAGUGUUCACUAUGCGAGUUAAAGUUUCCUUACCCAGGGUGUUUGAAAAAGCAUGAGAGAGUUAACAAAAACAUAAAAUACUUUGCUUGUAUGUAUUGUGAGCAGAGGUUCAAGCUUUUGUCACAUCUUAAUGCCCAUUUAGGAACUAGUGCUGGGGAAGAACGUUUCUGGUGUUACUCUUGUGAUAAGAAAUUUGAAAGUAAGUGUCUUUUAAAAAAACACAAGGAAAUACACAAAGAUGAAAAAAUGAAGGGCUGUCCAUACUGUGAUGUGAAAUUCCAUAGCACAGCUGAGCUCAAGUAUCAUUUGAUGAUUCAUAAAACUCUGGAAGGCUUUGAGGGUAAAGAGAAAUUUUCCAGCUCAGUUGCCUUAGGGAAAGAUAAAGAUAAAGAGCAGAUCAAGGAGGGGAUUGGCCAAAUACUGUGUAGCCCAAGUUCAGGGGAAAGACCACCAGUAUGCUCACAGGAGGAUGAAAAGUUACCACCCUCCCAGCUGGUGCAAGAUGCAAAUCAAAAUCAAAAUGGUUCCCCUAGCAAGAAUGUUGGAAAGAUGCUUGCAGAUCAAAAGCCAUUUGCUUGUCCAAUUUGCAAGAAAAGAUUAAGCUCAUUGGACACCUUACAAAGGCAUAAGAGGAGAAAACAUGAUUUGCAUAAACCUUUCCAGUGUUCACAGUGUGAGUGGAAAUUCACCUAUGCUUAUGAACUGAGAUCUCAUGAGGAUACUCAUAUGCAAGAGAGAAGUUCAGUUUCUUGUUUGUAUUGUAAUCAGAAAUUCCUUCAUGAAUUCACUCUUAAACGUCACAUAAAAAUCAGUACUAAAGAAAAUCCAUUCAAGUGCCCAAAAUGUGUUGAAACUUUUGAAGUACAGUGUUUGCUUAGAAAACAUGUAAAAAGUCAUAAAGGUGAAAAGACCUUCAAAUGUGCACAUUGUGAUAUGAAAUUCUUUGUGAAGUCCAGGUUGAUCCUACACAGUAAGGUGCACAAGGCAAAAAACAUUUAACAAGUAAGGAGGAAUGUUUCAGUGAGAGUAGUCACUCUCCUAAGAACUUACUCUCAGAAACAUUCUCAGAUGAAAGUCCAUUUUGGUGUUCACACUGUGAAGAAAAAUUUAUUUCAGAGAAGGACUUGAUAGAGCAUGGGAAAAUACAUGUUAGUGACAUAUACCUGUGCUCUCAGUGUGAUAUGAAGUUCAUCACAAUAUGGGAACUGAAACAACAUAAUAAAAUUCAUUUACAUCAAAGUAGUUUUGUAUGUUUGCAGUGUGAUAAAAAGUUUGUAAAUAAGGCUAACCUCUUAAGACACACGAAGGCAAAUGCUAAUGGGAAGCAAUUCAAAUGCUCCUACUGUGAUGAAAAUUUCAAUGCAAAAUGCAUUCUGAAGAAGCAUGUGAAAAUUCACAAGGGUGACAAACCAUUCUAUUGUUCACUCUGUGACAAGAACUUUAUUUGGAGAUCUCAGCUUGACCAUCAUCUUACAACCCAUAACAGUAAAGAAACUAAGAAAUGGGAAGAUAAGCUGACCACUUUGCCCUUUUUAAGUAAAUGUUUAAGGAAUCUGCCAAACAAAGAGACCCAAAAGCAGAUAAUGUCUCAAAGCUCUUUGCUUGAUAUUCCCAUGGCAGAAAUCCAAGAACAGAAAUCAGCAAAGGUCCAGCCAGAAGGAUGUCUCACUGAGGAACACAGUACUAAGGAAGAUUUUUCAGCGACAGCCAAAUUUAGAAGAUGCAACAUAGAUGAAUGUCACCCAGGGGAAAAUGCUUCUUUUGCAAAAAAAUCUCUAAAAGUGGUUCAGGAAUGCUCUAGUAAGGAAGAGACUAGUUGUAAGGAAGAUCUUCCAGCACCAGCAGAGCUAAAAAGGUUCUAUGUAGGAGAAGGUGAACCAGAGGAAGAUUCUAGCUCUGAUGAGACUAAUACUGAGGAAGAUCUUCCCACACUAACAGAGCUAAGGUCUCCUGUAGGAGGUCAGCCAAAGGAAAUAUCCCAUGUUGAUGAAGUUCAGGAAGAUUCUAGCUCCGAGGAGACCAGUAGUGAGGCAGAUCUUCCUGCACCAACAGAACAAAGAUCAGACUUAGAAGAAAGAGAGCCAGAGGAAAUAUCUCCUGUAAAACAGUGUCUAGAAUAUUCUAGCUCUGAGGAGAAUAGUAUUGAGGAAGAUCCUCCAGCACCAGCAGAAUUAGGGAUAUCCCUCAUAGAAGGAGGUGAACCAGAGGAAAAUUCUCCUGAAAAGCAGUUUCAGCAAGAUUCUAGAUGUGAGGAGACCAAUGGUGAAGAUUUUCCAUCACCAUCAGAGCUAAAAAGAUCCCACUAGGAGGUCAACUAAAGGAAAAAUCCCCUAGAAAGCCAUUUCAAAAGACUGAUAGUGUGAAAGAUUUUCCCAUACCAAAAGAACUAAGAUUCAACAUAGGAGAAGGGCAAGUAGAGGGAAAUGUUACAAAUAUAAGAGAGUCUCCCUUAAAGGUGGUUCAGUCAGAACACCAACCGGAUACAACAGAAGCCAAAACAGACUGGAGGAUUUUAAUCUCCAUCUUGAUAGAGAAUUUAGAAUGGUCUCUGAAGCACAGGUAGCCAAAUGGAAAAUAGUUAUUAACUGUUAACAAAUCUAUAUAUUAUAUAAAACAAAUCCUUUAAUACAAAUAUGAGAAAAGUAUUGAAGUCUGAUAAUAAAGUGUUAUAUAAAC